UCUGACAUGUGCCCAAUGUUGUUGUUAUUACUCUUCAUUUAGCACAAGUUCUUUAUAUUUAGCACAAGUUCUUUUAUAUUUUUAAGCAGACAUGGAGAAGAGGGCGACUCUGAAUAUUGCAGGUACCAAAAUCAAUCCUGCUUCAUCGCAGUUGCUUGUAUCCACAGGAAUCCCAGCUUUGGAUGAGAAAUUAGGAGGCGGUGUACCUGUUGGUGGAAUAGUCCUAAUUGAGGAGGAUGCGCAAGGUUCAUACGCUAAAGUAAUGAUGAAAUAUUUCCUGGCCGAGGGUAUAGUCAACAAGCACAGCAGUUACAUAGCCAGUUUGGAGUGCGACCCCCAAGAAGAUUUGUUUCAUUCUUUGCCUGCACAAACCAACACUGACGUUGAGGAUGUUAACAAUCCAAUGGGUAACAAUAAAAUGUCGAUAGCGUUCCGUUACCAACAUCUGCCGACCAGAGACAAGCAAAUCAAAUCAUCGUUCGGUCACUAUUACGAUUUGAGUAAAUGCAUAUCGAAGGAUCUGACCGCAACGGCGGACGUGAAAUUCCUGAAGGAGGUGGUGAACGUCGACGAAGAUCCUUACAACGAACUUCUGAUGGACAUUCGCUCCAGAAUCUUCGACGGCGAUAAUGUAUUGUUGACCGGUAAUCUGGCGACGAAGAAUGUCCUCAGAUUAGGUCUGCAUCAGCUCGGGACGCCGCUCUGGGGUGGAAGCGUCGCGAAUCUGAAGAAGUUUUUGUAUUAUUUGAGGGCGCUGCUGAGGAAAAGCUUUUCCGUGGCCAUGAUCACGAUUCCCACGCAUUUAUCGGAAGAGUUGAAAGCGGCUUUCGACGAACGAUUGGUUUACAUUUCGGACAUCGCGUUGGGACUGCAGGCGUUCGCUGGAACGAAAUUGGAGCGCAACAAGAGUCUCGCCGAUUACAACGGGUUCUUCCAUUUCAUCAAGAUUGCAGCGAUCAAUACGCUCGUUUCGAAGCAUCCCGGUUCCGUCGAGUUCACCUUCAAACUGAGGAAGAAAAAGUUUUCGAUUGAAACUCUUCAUCUGCCACCAGAUUUGGGUGAUGAUGAAUCGAACAAGAAGGAAGCUCCACAGUUGGGAUGCGGAAGCAGCACCAAACAUCUCUUAGAAUUUUAAUGAUUUUACUUAUAUAUACGUAUUUUGUAAAUAAAUGAUUCUUCCGUCUGCUUCUUCCCUCUAGGAAGAGCCUCAUUCAUUUAGCUGGUUCCUGUCGAAAGUGCAGACAACCGAACAUACAUAUUCUCUGUGAUGAACAAAUA